AUGCCUCGCCAAGCCACCCCGCGUUUGGUGGUGGGGGAAGGUAGAGGGUCCCAGGGAGCACUGGGGGGCGCCGCCACCAUGCUCCGCUCCCUGCUGCUUCACUCCCUGAGGCUCUGCGCCCAGACCGCCUCGUGCCUCGUGCUCUUCCCGCGCUUCCUCGGCACGGCCUUCAUGCUCUGGCUGCUCGACUUCCUGUGCAUCCGCAAGCAUUUACUGGGCCGCCGACGCCGGGGUCAGCCCCAAACUGAAGUGGAGCUCAACAGCGAUGGCGAGGAGAUGCCCCCCGACGACCCGCCUAUCUGCGUGUCCGACGACAACCGCCUGUGCACCCUGGCGUCGCUGAGGGCAGUGUGGCACGGCCAGAAGUUGGAUUUCUUCAAGCAGGCACACGAAGGCGGUCCAGCGCCCAACUCCGAGGUGGUCCUGCCCGACGGCUUCCAGAACCAGCACAUCCUCGACUACGCCCGAGGAAACCGCCCGCUGGUGCUCAAUUUCGGUAGCUGCACCUGACCACCGUUCAUGGCGCGGAUGAGCGCCUUCCAGCGCCUGGUCACCAAGUAUCAGCGCGACGUCGACUUCCUCAUCAUCUACAUUGAGGAAGCGCACCCCUCGGACGGCUGGGUCACCACGGACUCUCCCUACAGCAUCCCGCAGCACCGCAGCCUGGAGGACCGGGUCAGCGCAGCGCGGGUACUGCAGCAAGGUGCUCCCGAAUGCUCUCUCGUCCUCGACACCAUGGCCAACUCUAGCAGCUCCGCCUACGGCGCCUACUUCGAGCGCCUCUAUGUCAUCCAGAGUGGCACCAUUAUGUACCAGGGCGGCCGUGGCCCUGAUGGCUACCAGGUCUCCGAGCUGCGCACCUGGCUGGAGUGCUACGAUGAGCAGCUGCAUGGCCCUCAGACCCGUCGAGUGUAAACAGCCAAUGGACAAUUGACUGAACUUGGCGGGCCAUGCCUUCGAGCCUUCGAAGCCCACGUGCAA